UUUUUGGUUACCAAACAUAUUCACACUUUUGAGAUAAGUAUCUGUUAAAAACUCAUUAAAAAUAACAAAAAUGAAAUUCUUGAUUGUUUUAGUAGCCAUCUUGGCUCUUGCUUUGGCCAAAGACGAAACUACCCAGCCAUCAGAAAAGAAAUCAAAACGCGGUCUCAUUGACCUGGGUUAUGGCAUUCCAGUGUCUGCGCCAUCCUCCCUACAAUUUGCUCCAUCAGCACCAUUAUUUAGGGCAGCACCUAUUAGCUACCCAUCACAAGCUAUCAGUUACGCAGCCCCUGCCUUGAGUUACGCUGCACCGGCUCUGAGUUACGCUUCUCCGGCAGUUGGUUACGCUGCUCCAGUUCCUGUGAGUUACGCUCAGCCUGUUCCUGCUCUGAACUACGCUCCAACCUCUGCUUUAAGUUACGCCAUUGCUCCUGAACAUAGUUACGCACAUGCACCCGCUGUGAGUUACGCUGCUCCAGCCCUGAGUUACGCACCAGUUCCUGUAAACUACGCUCAUUCUCCAGUUUUGAGCUACGCUUCUGCUCCUGCUGUAGCGUAUUCUCCUGCACCAGCUCAUGUUGGUUAUGCUGGUGCACCAGCUUUGAGUUACUCUGCUCCAUUAAGUGUACCGAUUUCUCAAGCUGUUCCAGUACAUAGUAGGAGUUAUGCAUCAUCUGUCUUAAGUUCUGGUUCUCCAGUAAUAGCUAGAACUGUUGCUUCUUCUAGUUCUGUAUCUUUGGGAUACGGAAGCUCAAAAGCGUGGUAGUAGUGUGUAAUAAUAUUAUUGUAAUUUUGUUGAUAUUUUUUGAUAAUAAAUGUUGUUAUUUUAUAAAUAUUGUCAAGAC